GAAACAUUAUCAACGACAUUGUUACACCUAUCUGACAAUACAGAUCAUGAAUCCAAUGACAGUGAAAAUGAACUACCCGUUAAUGAUGAAUCUCGUGGUCAUACAAAUCAAUUAUCAACAACUGCAACACCUAAAUUUGCUGGUCAUUGUAUGAACAUUGCAUUACUUGAAGUGGAUGACAAAGAUGAAUCGACCAACAAUCAAACUUUUCUAUCUUCUCUGGAAUACAAAUUACCUGAUGGUAUUGUUAUUGAUUUACUUCAAAAAAAUGGCAUUCAAGAACAUGCUAAUCGUUAUGUAACAUCUCUCAUGGAUGUACUUUUUAAGCCCGAAGAAUUAUUGGCUAUGGAAACAAAAGAUAUACCAAAAGAUGAACGAUAUAUUAUGCUGAAAGGUUUGUACAUACUUAUUUGUCAAUUUUUGUGUUGACUACCGAUGUUUUUCAGAAGCAGUUCGAAAUAAAUUUUGACUAACGAAGGAAGAACAAUUAAUCAAAAAAUCAAUAAUUAACUUAUUAUAUAUAUAUACUUAGGGCAUACCAAAAGUAGUGAGGGAGGUACUUUUUUUCCUUGAAGCGGGGUACAAAAAAGAUUUCUUUUUUACCAAUAGAUAGAGCGUGUUUCACUCUAUUUUUCUAUGCUAUUUGGUCACUAUUAAACUGUUAUCAUAAUAAUAAAAUUUCGAUAGGAUCUGUUUCUGUCGCAUAUGUGCUGGUAGCAUGAAUGCUCGUGUGUAUUUUUGGAAUAACUUUUGAUAAAAACAAGAUAGAGAACUGCAGUUUUCGCCAUUGGAAAGAGGAGAUGAAGACGCAUCGAAAUACAUAUUAUUGAUUUUUCUAACAUGAUUUCUGACGGUUUUUUUUAUUCAAUUUUCUAAUCAUUAGAAAAACGCUUGUUUUAUGAAAAAAAGAAAAAGCAAAAAAUUUUCAAGAAUAUCUUCAUAGAGGUUCGUCUAGAAUAGGUAUUAUCCAUAAAUAAUUAUAUUUAAACAGCUGAGCCUUUCGCAGUCUGUAGAUCUCCGAUAAGCGGUUUGAAUGUGAACACAAUUAUUGAAAAUUUACUGUAAACUACUCGUGGAAUGGAAUCGCUCUUUAAAAGGUGACCUAAAACCUUACAAAAAGCAGGUUAGAAAAAUUAGUAAUGCAUUGCUCGAUGCGUCUUCAUCUCCUCUUUCCAAUGACGAAAACCGCAGUUCUCUAUCUUGUUUCUAUCAAAAGUUAUUCCAAAAAUAUUCACAAGCAUUCAUGUUCAUGCUACCAGCGUAUAUGCGACAAAAACAGAUUUUAUCGAAAUUUUAUAAUAAUGAUAACAGUUUAAUAGUGACCAAAUAGCAUAGAAAAAUAGAGUGAAACACGCUCUAUCUAUUGGUAAAAAAGAAAUUUUUUUUUUACCCCGCUUCAAGGAAAAAAAGUACCUCCCUCACUACUUUUGGUAUGCCCUAAGUAUAUAUAUCAUUUGUAAAUUUCUUCAAUUGUAUAUGUAGAACAAGUGAGCUUUAAUUAGCAUUUAUUUUUACUCGAAUAUUUGAGUUAAUGUUUAUUUCUUUUCUUUCUAGAUGUUCUAACGAAUAUGUACCAUAACGAACUUUUUUCUUUUAUUUAUCUAUAUUUUUUUAUUUGAACGUGUAUAUAACUCGUGUAGUUUUUUGUAUUAAUUGUUUCACAGAAAACGAUUUUCUCGAAAACUUGGUGUAUCGUGUAUUUAUUAUGAAACAUGUAAUAAAUAUAAAAGAACAAAUGAUACCGAUCUAGUUCGCUAUUUUGGUUCAAUACCAUGCUAUCUCUUUUCUAAGAACUGCGACGCAGUUAUGGCGUAACUGCGUCGCAUUUCGAUCGUAGUGGAACACAUGGGUUAUACU